AUGGCCACUCGAAUAAUGGAAGCAUUAAUUUUUGCGGUGUUAAUAUUAUAUUCGAUAUUUUCAUGUCCAACUCUUGCUAUUUCGACCGGGCUACCUCACGAGACAAAAGAGAUACCAAAAAGACACGACUAUAAACUUACCUUCAAAAAACCAUACUAUUAUAAUAAUACCGUACCCUUCUUCGAUACAUUUGGAAAAACAUUACUUGCCCCGGAUUUCAUUCGAUUGGCCCCCGAUGUUCCUGAUCAUUCUGGGUCGAUAUGGUCUCAACUAACGAAUCCUCAUAAGGAAUGGGAGGUGGAAAUGUCGUUCAGGAUCUCAGGAAAUUACUAUCUCGGUGGCCGGGGAAUCACAUUUUGGUAUACCAAAGAGCGAGCAAAAGAAGGACCUGUGUAUGGAAGUAGUGAUAAGUGGACUGGUCUUGCCAUCAUGUUCGAGACAGCGGACCAUAAAAAGAAUCGAGAGCAUCCUUUUAUAAUGGCUCAUCUUAAUGAUGGCAAUACGGUCUAUAAUGAGUUAGCGAAUCCUCAGGAGCGUAUGCUUGCAGGUUGCUAUCGAUUGUUUCGUAAUACACCGUCUCCAGUUUUCGCAAGGAUCUCAUACUUCAAUAACACCCUAAAGUUGGAAGUUGAUGCCAAUGACGAUGGUACAGUCUACCAUCCGUGUUUUGAAGUUAACGUAACUCUGCCGACAGGUUACUACUUUGGAGUUUCGGCUCUUGCUGAGGGCGAUACGCCCGAUGAUCACGACGUUCUUUCGUUCACGACUUAUGAAUUGAAUCCUGCGAAAAAACGCGACCGACCCCUGCGUCCUCACGAAGCCGAAAAAUCGAGUAAAGUUUCCGCUGAUACUUAUGAGAUACCGGAAGACGUUAAAAAACGCAUCGAGGAUAUUCAAAAAGUUGUAUCUAAACCUGAAGAGACGAAGGACCGAGAAGACACGAGGAGUGUCGAUUUUAUAAAGGGAAUGCAAAUUCAAAUACUUGAAUCGCUUGAUCAGUUACAUGAACGACUGAAUGUGAUUAAUGGAAUUCAAGGCGAUUAUUAUUAUAGUGGUUCAAGUAAAACGGAGAUUCAUUUGUCAGCCAUUUCAAAAAAACUUGAAAAAGUCAUUAAUAAUGUCGCCAGCCUCGAGACAAGAAUAUCAAGAAUGUCUGCUGGUGGCAGUGUCAGCAAUGACUAUUCAAUUCGAGAAUUAAAAGAAGAUCUACAACGGAUGGUAAGAAAGAUCGAAUCGUUAGACGCACGUAUAGCAACCCAACGAUACAAUCAGGACUUUACAAGAAAACGAGAGUCAGAUCAAUCGCACGCCAAUUCAAC